AUGUCUUCUUUCCACCCCCAGACUCCCCAGAGCCCCUCGCAAAAGUCACCCGCCACCACAUCGUCGGACGCUGUGCAUUCCUUCUCGAAUGUCAGCUCCAUGUCGACCGCGCAAACACUUCCGACCCCGGCUCACAGUGUCAACGGCGCCAGUCAACCCGAGCCCGACGUUUCCAUGGCCGAUGAAUCGCAAAAGCGCAAACGCGCUCUCGAAGACGAUGGCGACCGGGGGGUCCAGAAAAAGCUUCACUUGGCCGGCGAUGAUGCCAGGCGCGGUAUCGAUGAUUUGCAUCUCGACGUGGGUGCCAAGUACCUGCUUUGCCAGAAUCCGCAUCCCGUGUCCUUGCCGCGAUUGACUCAAGACCUGUACGAACUGUACAACCUGACCGGCAUCGCUGCGGAGCUCGCCCGCGAGAAGGUGGUGGAGAAGGUCGAUGACGAGGGAGACAAGACCGCCACGACAGCCGAUGAAAAGGCCCCGGUGGACAAGAACGCCACCUCCAACAAGAAACUGAAGAAUCCUCUGCGCAAGUCAUACAAGGGCCAUCUCAAACGGCUGGGCGUUGCAGGGUCGUUCGAGGCUGCGAAACGGCAAGACGAGAACCUGCCAUCGGACUUCGUCAUGAUGUGCAACACCCCCGAUGUGGACUGGCACAAUCUUCAGGUUCGCGACAAGGAGAUUGGCGACGGGCUAUCACGGGGUACGCUAUCGACACUCUCGAGAUUGACCGACUUGGCAAAGGGGCCGGUGCCACGCAGCAUCUGGGACUCGUCUGUUCUCAACGACGACGCUGCCAAGGCCAAGGGCAAAGGAGGGAAGUCUGGCAAGGGUAGCACCCCCGGGACCCCUCUUGGCGCAUCUGGAACCUCGAACCGACCCAAACUGGGCGUGGCGGCUGGGAACAACCGCAUCGUCCGCACUGGAGUGUCUACAUCAUAA